AUUCGCGCUUCAAUAUCCGGCAAGGUUGAACCGUCACGGUCAUUUCCACCUCCGACAGUUUCCGUGUGGGCUCAAUCAAGACAACCGCUGUAAACAAACUUUCAGUAACGGUUUAAUUCCAGAAGAAAUACAUUUAAACAAAAAGAUAUGCAUAUCAAAACAGGUACAUGGGAGGCCAACACAGUGUGCGAGUCUGACACCCUGUGUGAUCCUGCUGGCCUUGUGUCCUCCACCAACCCAGAGGCUCAUAUUGGCAACCGCCGCCUAUCACCUGGGUCUGGCAACUGUGGUGGAGGAGGUGGAGGCUGCCCAACUGGGGUUGACCAGCAGCCCUGCCAAGCUUCACCCCAGACCCUCGAAGGCAACCUGAACGGACCCGCCCAUGUACAUGCCUUCACUUACCGUAGAGACAGAGAUCGUAGAGGCCAGCACAAAGGCCGUGGCCCUCGCAGAGAGGGGCCCAGGGGGGCAGGGCGUGUAGCAGAUAGGCCCCCGAAGCAGAGCCAGAAGGAGAGGUGGGUGGAGGACAGCCUGUCUCUACUCAAGCACCCACCUGCUUUUCCAGUGCAGGACAGCCCUGCCAAGCUGCAGCCAACCAUCAGCUAUGCCUCAAAAGUGAAGUCAGGGGCGGUGGGUGGAGUGCUGGAGGAGGAGGGCCGCCCAGCCAUCGGUGUCCUGCUGCAGAACCAGUGGGGACUUAGUUUCAUCAGUGAGGUCCUCCAAGCCACAGAGGGUUCAGUUCCCUCUCCUGCCCCCAUAGCAGCACCUCAGCUCACAUUUGGAGGUGAAACCGCCAACCCAACACAAGAGAGGCAUCACAUAGUCCAGGCCAGUGGUGAAAUCCCAGUUCCUGUCACUACCUCAAUCUCCAUUGACCAGUACAGAGAAGAGGAAGCAAAGAUCAAUGGGAAGCUGCUUCUCACCUGUCACCAUCUAAAGGAGGCUCUGCACUAUCACACAAUAGAAUGGAAUGUCACCUGCAACAAACAGAAAGAAGAUCCCAAUAAGGUAGUUUGGUAUAAGAACUCCCUGGACCAGCCAGCCUAGUGACGCAUGGACCUGUCUGCCACAACACACACCCCCACACACACACCCACACGCACUCAGGUCGAUGUCUUUACACAAAGCCACACUGAGACACUUUGGACUAACUCCUUGAUGAGAUCCACAACUAGGGACUUUUCUAACGCCUUCAAAGGCCUGCCUUAAUGAAUUGGACCUGGAGUUCCUAUCGGCUCAAAAUGAUUCGUUUUAAUGUCGUGUUGAGCUGGUCUUUUUUUAACAAUCUUAAGAGCUGUCAUUUUAUUGUGAGGAACUGCAGUUUUAUCAGACAUUUUCUGUUUUGUCCUCUGUUGUAAGGGAUCCGUCAAGCACUUUCUAAUCUGUUGUGACCAAUCCUUGGUACGCCUACCCUACCAGGUGUUUAUUUUUUUCACAAAUUUGAAAAUGUGUUAUACCUGCUUCAUUUGACCGUAUUUUACACGGGACAGAUGUGUAAUCAUGUCUCCAGUUUACAGGGGUGCAGACAGCACAAUAAGAAGGCACCCUUCCCCUGUCUGAUCCUAAUGCUGUUUUAUUUUGUACCCUGAUUGGGUGAAUGUUACUCAUGAAUCCAUAUGAUUACUCAUGAUCACACUAGCUCAGUUUUAUGAUUUGAAAUAUAUAAAAAAUACACUGGAGGAUAAGUGAACAGUAUUGCAUAAUGAAAUUGAAUGAACUUGACAUGCCCCAUGGUCUUACUGGUAAUGCUCAUACUUCAUUGUUUUAUCAUUUUUACAUAUGAUACAUAAAACCCACAUUAUUAUUUGCUUUGUUAAUACGGACAAGUUUAAAAUGUAUUUACCUUUUUUUAAUGUAAACUGAGGGCUUGACUAUCCUUGUCGCUGAAGUUCAGCACGAUUGAAAUGUAAAGUUAAUUUCCAAUGUAGCCGACAUGCAGUGUUUACCGUGAAUGCAGUGCUGCUAACGUAAGAACAUUGCCUUUCAAUUUCUAUGGUGCUGAACUACUGCAAUACGGACUGAAUAAAGCCCAAAAAUAAUUGA